CAGCGUUGAGUGAGUUUCUCUCCCUCGUCCUCCCCUCCGUGUUGCAGCGCUCUGCCUGCCUCCUCUCUCAGCAUGAGCCAUCUUCUCGGUUGGAUCAGUCUGCGGUCUCCACUUUAACGAUUCCGCGUCGCCGCUGAUGCCGCCGCCGCUCCACUUCUGACCGACUUCCCCAGCUGGAGCCCGACCGAGCAGCAGCAGCAGCAGCAGCAGCAGCUGCCCCCCUGAACGGCUCUCUGCCCCCGCUGCUGUGUCAAAAGAUAAACCCGACACCAGCAGAAAACCGACACUGCGGGAGGUGACAGAUCCAGAACCAGAUCGAGCCCUCUGCAACAAAAACCGCGGAGCCCCAUCGGAGAAUAUCGGCCACGCCAGAUCUGCACGGAGGGGGGAAAUCUUGAUAAGUGUGAACCGGGGUUUCUUUUUUUUUUUUGUUCCUACAAACUCGGAUGUGCUUGAUGUGGCAGUGGCGGUGACUUUCCCCUCUUCCAGCCCUCGAGAUGAGCCUUCUCCCGGAACCUGCCUGUGUACAAACAGCCGGACUGUGGGAAUAGGACUUUAUCACCGAGCCCGGCUCAUCAACGACAAUAAAAGAGACUUUAUUGGUCACCGACGGAGCUUGUACUUGGUGGGAGAAAAAAAAAAAAAAACGCAUAUUACUCGCUAUAAAUCAAGCCAGGAGGAUCGAGCCCAAGUGCAAGACGAAUGGUUUGGGCAUGGUGCCCACGCCCCAGGUGUGCGUAUCAACCCUGGUCACGGUGAGCACGAUGGCAGUGGUGGACCUCUACCUGCUGGAACAGAGCAUGCUGGGAGCUCGGGGUCUUCCAGGACCUAGUGUGUGGCAGUAUGCGGCAGUGUUGCUAGGUGAUGUGGGCUUCCUGCUCGCGCUGCGCUUUGUGUCAGCCGGCGUGGUGUCAGAGGCGCGGUCGCCACGCCGUGGUUUUGCCAACGCCCUCUGGUUCCUUUUCCUGUCCUUGCUCCAGCUCAAGCUCUUCUUCGUUUGCCAUAACUACAGGCAGGAGCGCCGGCCGCCUGACCCGCUGGCCAGGAAGACCCUGACGCUGCUCCUAUCCAUCUGUCUGCCAUCCCUGUUUCUUAUCCUGACGGGAGCUGACCACAUGACCCCGCAGCGCAGGAAACAGGAGGUGCGGGGCCGGCUCCUGUGGGUGGUGGUGGACCUGCUGGAUGUGCUGGACCUGCAGGCGGGGCUGUGGGAAGCCCAAGGAGGGGCUGCAGCAGGGACUGGAGGCGUUGUUGAGCAGAGGCUGCCCAUCUGGGCCGAGGGCCUGGUCUUCUUUUACUGCUACGCCCUCCUGCUGCUGCUGCCUUGUGUGGCCCUUACAGAGCUGGGGGCCACCGGCCUGCCAGGACAGAGGGGGCCUCGUAAGGAGGCUUUGUACCCCUGGCUCAGCUUGGUUACUAUCAAUAUCUUCACCCUGGCCCUGAGGGGCACAGGCAUGCUGUGGUACAGGGACUCACGUGUAUCCACUGUGUUCCUGGGGAAGAACCUGUUGGCUCUGGCUGUGAAGCUGAGCUCAGCCUGGGAGAAACACAAGCAGGAGGGCAGUGCUGCAGGAGCUGGGACUGUGGCUGGAGCAGAACCAGGAGACUCGACCUUGCCAAGCCAGAGCUCAGGGCAGGGAGAGGGCCAGGCCCAGGGGAAAGCUCCUCCCUCUCAUUAUCACACACUGUCUCGCUCCCAAAGCCACACUCUCUCCCAUGUCAGCCUGGAGCCUACAGAGACACCCUUAGGACCCUCUUUCAUCUCCCAUGAACUCUAGAGAGUCACUCUGAAUAUGCGCGCAUGCACAAAAGCAUGUACCCACACCCAAAACUCGGACCAGCCAGGCCAGUAUCACAUCCAAACAGAUAUUGAAUUUCAGUAUAACGGUGAUGGGUAUAAUGCAAAACUGUGUAAAUGCAUUUGGCAAGCUUGGCUUUCGGCACAUUUUGUUGUGCUAAGAAUAACUCAAAAUGCAUUGCUGUGAUUUGUGGGACUGUAUUUUUAAAUUGAACACUGUGAACACAUUCAUCAGACUGUACAGAAUAUUCAAGAAACUGGAAAGAAAAGUGGAAAUCGAAUAGUGGUUAUUCCCUUUUUUAAUCAGGGCGCGACUGUCCAAACUGCCACAGGAUUUAAUUUGUUGCAUUCAGACACCUUUGAGGUUUUCUGUUUACAGGAAAAAUCAUCUGUGGUUUAAUUGUUAAAUUUGAGUUCAGUUCUUGUGGUUUGUGGGGAGGGGAUCAAUGUUCUUCUGCCAUCCAAAAUACAGACUUUGACCUUUAGUGUACAUUUUCUCUGUCACUUUAGAGGGAAUCUUCACAGAGAAAAGUUUAAUACAGAGGGGUGAUGAUUUAUUUUCCCCCUUCAGUACCACAGAGACAUGAUUCAAAAGCCAUCUACCAGUAAAACUCACUCUACACACAGUGCUCCAGUAUUUCAAUGUAGAGUCUAU